AUGGAUUCCACCAACUCCCCCCAAGCAGCUGUCCAACCAGUCGCCAUAUUUAAGAAACGCCCUGCCAAAGGUAAAGCCAACUUUCGAAAACGCGCCGCCACGCCACCCCCCGCUUCCGACAGCGAUUCUUCGGCGUACAGCUCUUCCGAGGAUGAAUCAGGACGUAGGGUCAAGCGCAGGAAGAAGAACACUGGAGUGAUAACUGCAACAUCCAAGCAGAGUAGCCACUCUACCUCUCAUCUAGAACCUACAAAGUACUCCGCCGACCGCAGCGAGACCAUCAAAAGCUCGAACGAUGCAACCAAGCAGACCAAUUGGUAUGAUGAGAACGCCACCGAUGCCCUCUCCAGCAAGAAUCUGCUUGGUACUACAAGAGCCGCUCCAUCUGAGGCACCAGACGGGACAUAUAAAGGUCUUGCGAAUGCUACCUCGUUCAUUCGAAAGAAUCCAGAUGCGCCGAACCGGGUAGUAGGGCCAGUGAAGGCGCCUACAAACAUCCGCACAAUUACCGUUACAGACUUCGCUCCGGAUACCUGCAAGGAUUUUAAACAGACCGGCUGGUGCGGCUUUGGCGAUAAUUGCAAGUACGCUCACACACGAGAGGACUAUAAGCACGGUUGGCAGUUGGAUAAAGAGUGGGAGGUUGCUACCAAGGGAAAAAAGGUGGCCGGUACGAUAGUCGGGAGCGCAAACCGUGAUGUUGGGAAUGAGGACGAGGAUGACGAGGAAGAUGCGAAGCUAGAGGGCAUCCCGUUUGCGUGCAUCAUCUGCAAGGAGAAAUAUAAGGAUCCCAUUGUUACGAACUGUGGACAUUACUUUUGCGAGAGCUGUGCGUUGAAGAGAUAUAGGAAAGAUCCGAGUUGUGCGGCCUGUGGCUCAGGAACGGGAGGAAGUUUUAAUGUUGCGAGAGGGCUGAAGAAGUUACUGGAUAGGAAGAGGGAAAGAGCUGCUAAGAGGCGUCAAAAAGCAAUCGAAGCCGGGGAGGAGGUUAGUGAGGAGGAGGAGGAGGAGGAUGAUUGA